CUCCUCCCCUAACAUUCUUCCAGGCAAGUCCCAUGUGACGUAAAAGGCUUUUAAAGACUGGAGACACUCACUCCCAUCAAAACACUGAAAGUAUACCUUCGAGUCAGCGAGAGAACGUGGACUCUUCUUCAACUCUUUUCUGAGAGUUGUAAAUUUGGGAAGUUUUGGUCAUCAUGCGUUGCGAAAUGAGCUACACUCUUCCCUACUCGCCAGGAUCCUCACCCACAAAUGCAGGACGUGUGGUUCGUUACAGAGCACGAUGCAGUUCUUCUGGAGCCAGUGUUGUAGCCAUCGAUAACAAGAUCGAGCAAGCGAUGGACCUAGUGAAGAGCCACCUGAUGUAUGCGGUGAGGGAAGAGGUGGAGGUUCUGAAGGAGCAGAUCAAGGAGCUGUAUGAGAGGAACUCUCAGCUGGAGCGGGAGAACGCUGUGCUCAAGUCCCUGGCCAACACUGAUCAGCUCACCCAGCUGUCGUCCACCCAAAUCAGCCCGGCCGGCAGCACCUCCCCGCCUCAGCAGCAACCCCCCGCCAAUACCAAACCCCACUUGGAGGGUGCAACCCAGGCUCUCAGCCUGCUCCAGCAGCCCAACGUCACCUCAGCGUGAUCACCUGCCUCCGUAAAACACCUCCCCGAAAUACGUGAGGAGGAGUCCCCAAACAACCAACUAACCAACCAUAACAUAAUCAACACUUGAUUAUGUUUUUUUUGAGAAGCAAAAUCGGCCUUUGUUUGCCACCCUUGUCUUUUUGAGUGGCGUUAAUAAGAGCCAUGCUUCAGUGUGCUGCUGCUGUCGUCGGGCCUUCCCAGUAUUAGACCAUCAUCCUGUGAAAGCAUUGUUUUGUCCGGGCGUCCCGUGUUCAGUCGAAGGGGAACCGGCCAGGGGCGAGUACAUCGCAGCCUGUGUCCCCACGCAGGGGAGAGAGAGAGGUGAUGGGCUGUAUUGUGGCUGGAUAACUGGAGGGGGUCCAAAGGGUUGGUGAGUGGAAAAGAACGGGGGGAAUGAGAGGGACAAAGAGACUGAGGUGGGGAAGAGGAUUCUCACCCUACCAUAAGAGGAAUGUGUCUCUCACCGUAAGAAGAGCGAGACUAGUUUUUCCCAGAGCCACCACACUUUGACCCAAGUUAAAAAAUAAAAUAAAAUACAUACCUUCAUUUAGUUCAGUUUUACUGUUUGCAUUUAUUUAUUUUGGGGCUGCUAUUUUCAUAAUGUAAAUGAACAAUGUAACAGAAAUACUUAUAUUUAAAAAAAAAAAAUUUAAAAAAAAGAAGAGAAGAAAAAAAAGUUUCUGUUUAUGAUUAUCGGUCAGACAUUUUUGGUAGUCUAAUGCAACAAGUAGUUCCGUACAGGCAAUAGGUUCUUUAAAAUGGCCAUUUCUUAUUUCCACCGAUAACACUAAAAGGCAGUUCAUUGAAAUGAGAUGAAAUCCAGGUUGAAUGUACAUUUUGUAGAGUGUAAAGUAUUGAGAGCGUAGAGGGUUUGUACAGGUGAACACCAGUUCUUCAAAUAUAUAUAUAUAUUCUUCAAUGAAUUUUCGAUGGUUAUAUUUUGAUGAAGAACACUGUUCAUUUCCUUUGCUAUAGUUUCUUUUUUGGGGGAAAAAAAAAAUGUAGAGAGAAUUGCCAUACUUCCCCAACCUUUUUGAAAAUUCUAUUGCGCAUAUUUAAUUUCUGGGCUGGGGGUAAAAAAACAACAAAAAAAAAAGCUGUGAAAUUGUUCAACCUACUUUGUAACCAAAGACGCAAAGCUGUGUAAUUCCUAUAUAUUUUUAUUAUUUUUGAAUGCACACUUCUAUGUAUUUUUACUUAAAUUUUUUUUUUUUUUUUUUACACUUCCUCCUUCACAUCAAAUUUUUUUUUUUUUGGGGGAUGCUGUUCAGCAUGUUCUGCAUGAUCUAUAAUCAAACCACUUUCUUACCUCAUGUUUUUAUCCAACGUUCUUAUUGUAACGUAUAGUUAGUUAUUCAGUCUGAACGAUGGGUAAUGGACAGGGGGGGAGAAUGGGGGAUUAAGAGGAAGGGAGAGUCAGAAGCUCACAUUAGCAGAAAAUGAAGUUUGACCCAUCUUUUUGUUCAUGUAAACAGUGUUUGUUUUUUUUUAAACUUUUUUUAUUUCAUAUGCAGACAAAGUUUUGUUACGUUUUAAUGUAUUUGAUGAAUGCAAACAUUUAGAUUCUGAUUGUAGUUUACCGAUCUGUACUUCAAUAAAGAAACGUUCUAACUUAACGGAAACUUCGUACACAUUUCACAACUCCAGCUUGAACCCGGUAAAUUCUUGUAUGAGCAUAUUAUGGUAUGUCCUGUCUGUGUUACAUGUAUUUUGUGCCUCCUGCACCAUCGCCGGUUGUCUGGCGACCUGGUUUAUUCUUUGUGGCUUAUAAUUGUACAAUCGGUCAUCUUUAGCAGGAUGAAUUUAGAUUUCAACUUCGUUUUUUUUUUUUUUUUUUGAAGGAGAUGCUGUGCACAUGCUAGGUGUACUGUAUGAAAGUGAUUUAUCACUGAGCCUUGGAGAAAAUAUCUUAACAAUUCCCUUGUAAUGUGCUCUUCUGACGGUUUCAGUUUUCAGUAAAAAAAAUAAAUUACUGUUUUAUUAAGAAUGUCAA